AUGUUUUACAACUUUAACAAAUUUAUUUUUGAAUUAUUUUUAAUUAAUUUAUUUUCUACUUGUUUGUGUCACCAACAUUAUUUUAAUAAUUAUCAAAAUAAUUUGUCAAAUCCAUUUUUAUAUGCGCAACAACAGCCAACAGUUUAUUUAACAUUUGGUAAUCAUCCACUAGUUUUUCCUUACCCACAAACUUCUAACAAUCAGCAAAGGCUAUCUAAUUCCUAUCCUUGUAUAAGCAGAUGCCAGCCUUAUCGUUGGACAACUUAUAGAUGGAAUGGAGCAAUCUCUUCAAAUCGCCCUCAACAACCAAAUACUUCCUCUUCAUCUCCCCCACCUCCAACAACAACAAUAUCCCCAGAACCUUCACCUAUUGUCAUUCAACUUAACAAUACAAUCCAACCAAUACAAUCUGCAAACAUUCAAAGUGCUCUAAUUCGUCUAAUAUUCCAUUCAACAACAUUACAAACAACAACAAAUUCAAUUACUACAAGUUCUGUUGUUUCAGAAUUACCCACACCCCCUCCCUAUACACAAAACGUUCCUGGAGAUGUUGUAUCCUCUUUUCAACGUCCAAAUCCUUGUCCUGAAGGACAACCAUUAAUUAAUGGUUUGCAUAACCCUAUGACCUGUAAUUUUGUUGUUAAACCAAAUGGUGGUUGUCCAAAUAAUUAUUGGUGCCAUACAGGUGCCUCUUAUGAGACAACAACUUGCUGUCCAUAUAAUGAUCAUUCAAAAUCUCGUUGUCAACUACCCCGUGCAGGUGGAACGGGGGAUGAAUUAAUUCCUCGUUGGUACUUCGAUGCUGGAGCACACAAAUGUAAACGUUUUUUAUAUCGAGGAAUGCACGGAAAUGCCAAUAAUUUUGUUACAGCAAUGAGUUGUUCCGAAACUUGUGAAAAUAAUGAUUAUUUAGCUUCGGCAACAAGAAAUCCUUGUUCAAAUGGGUGGCCAGCACGUGAUUUAGCUGGAAAACAAUUUCUUUGUGGAACGUCAGAUUCUCGCUGUCCUGCGGGAUAUUUUUGUCAUUUGGGGGAAUUAGCUACUUUAAAUGUUUGUUGUGAACUUUCAACUGCAGGUAAAAGAAAAAUGAGAGAUAACUUUAUUUUAUCUGGAGCUUUUUAG